UAUGACUGGGAAUAACACUGGAGUGACAGCUCACAUCAAGCAGAAAGCCCCAAAUGCAGUUUUCACACAAUGGUUCUUUCCUUAGACUGUGCACUUUCCUGUGCUUCGUUGCUGUGAUUUCUGGCCAGUGCUUUUUUGAGCCACUAGUGAUUGAAAACAUCAACGAACUACCAACAGGUUGCCAGGACAGAAAAGGGGAUAUCCAUCCAUUUGGUUCUAACUGGGUGACUGAGAACUGCUAUUCCUGUGACUGCACAAAGGGUGGCGCUGGUUGUUGCAACACAAUCCCGAAUAUUGUGGUGAUGCCUGAAGAUUGCCAGCAGAUAGUGGAUAAGAAGACCUGCACAUCCAAAGUGGUGCUGAAGUCAGACCCAUCCGUUGAAUGUCCUGGUGGGAUUUCUGCUGUGUUGAAAUAAACCAAAAUCAUAUUUUAAUAGUAUAGUUUCUCUUUUGUGUAUUUUAUGUAUAAUACUAUUGUGUGCAUCAUUGUUUCAAAAUGUCAAAAAACUUGUAUAAACAUAUCUAUGAUUAUA